AUGGCCUGCACAGCAUCUUCCAUGACAGUGGAAACAUAUCCGGAGGGGUUGGAGGCGGAAGGGGCCCACUCGUCCUCUGUCGCAACUCCCACCGAGGGAACUGGUCUCCUGCGAGACCGACACCGAAGACACUCCUAUCAUGCCCCGAGGAAGCUUUCCUGUGAUUAUCAAGAUGCAGAUACAGUCUUCAUCAGGGUCGAACUCUUCCUUGCGGAACUCGAACGCCGAAUGCACUGGAUCGAACAAUACCGCAAGUCCCACAUGGAUCAGGUCGACGCCAGCCUCAAACGUGGAUAUGCGACUUUGGAAGCCGUACGUGAUCAAUGCUCCAUUGCAUCUGGUGAAUUGAUGGGCAGCGGUAAGAAGCGGGCCAAGAUCUUAGUGGAGACUUUGGAGGACGGAUACCAUGAGGCACUGGCGACCAAGGAGACGUUGGAGCAAAAAGCACAGGCGGGCGUCCGAUUGAUGGAGUCAUUCUUGUCAGAGCUCGAGUCGCGAGCGCACGCCGUCCGGGAUCGCGGAAUAUACGGCACCCUCGAUGACGGGUGGAAGGCUGUGGAUUCCAGCCUAGUUCACGCCCGUGAGGUGGUUGACGAAGGAAUGGAACGUGCUCGCCGCGCCCGGGAUUUGCUCCGGGAGAACAUUGAAUCCGCUCUUAGUCUGGCUGAGCAGAAACGCUUGAUCACUUACUCGGAUUUGCCCCAUCCGUGGAGAGUCAACCCACAUAUCCUGAAAGGAUACCGUUUCACGACAUCUAAGGUUGAUUGCGUGUGCUCCGUCUUCUCUUUCUCGAAUGAAUGGGUCAACAUCUGGUCCCAUGUUGUCGGUCUUCUUAUCGUCCUUGCUAUCGCUUUCUACUUCUACCCGCUUCACACCAAUUUCCACCUCAGCAGCAAAGCCGACGUGUUGAUUGCUGCAGCUUUCUUUGCUGCGGCAUGCAAGUGCUUGGUCUGCAGCACCAUCUGGCACACAAUGAACAGCAUUGCCUCGCAAACUUUGAUGGAACGCUUUGCUUGUGUGGACUACACGGGCAUCUCCAUGCUGGUAGCCGCUUCGAUCGUGACCACUGAAUACACUGCUUUUUACUGUGAGCCUGUUUCGCGAUGGACGUACAUUCUUCUCACGUUUUCCCUGGGUAUCGGUGGUGUCAUCCUCCCUUGGCACCCGACCUUCAACCGCCAUGAUAUGGCUUGGGCCCGUGUGGCGUUUUUCGUCACACUUGCUUUGACUGGAUUCGCCCCCCUGGCACAACUAUCUUACACCCGCGGUUUUGAAUGGUGUCUCUACUUCUAUGCCCCGGUCGUGAAGAGCAUUCUCGUGUACUUCGUCGGUGCCUGUGUCUACGCCUCCAAGAUCCCCGAGCGCUGGAAGCCCGGUCUGUUCGACUAUGUCGGCGGCAGCCACAACAUCUGGCAUUUGGCCGUGCUAGGAGGCAUCUUCUUCCACUACCACGCCAUGCAAGACCUGUUCGCAAAUGCCUUCCAGCGUGCGCAGGGAGAAUGUCCUAAUCUGACCUCAUGA